AUGCAAGAUUGUUAUGCAUUACUUUUAAAAAAGGAGCCACGGCGGCGCAGUUACAACAGCACUCUGACGAUUCCUCAUGUCGUGAAGCCUGUGGAGGAAAUCACUCGGGCUGAACUGGACAACAUCUGCGUCAACGUCAGAGAGAAGAUUUACAACCGGGCCACCGGUUCCACCUGCCAUCAGUGUCGACAAAAAACAACUGACACCAAGACCAACUGCCGCAACCCAGAAUGCGUGGGUGUUCGCGGGCAGUUCUGCGGGCCUUGUCUUAAGAACCGUUAUGGAGAAGAUGUCCGUGAUGCUCUCCUGAACCCGGAGUGGCUUUGCCCCCCGUGCAGGGGCAUCUGUAACUGCAGUUUCUGCCGUGCCAGAGAGGGCCGCUGUGCUACAGGUGUGCUCGUGUACCUGGCCAAGUACCACGGCUAUGACAAUGUCCACGCUUAUCUGAAAAGUCUAAAGAAGGAAUUGGAGGAAAGUGAAUAAGAUGGUUGCCAUGUUCUGCGGAGUCCAACCAUAUCAUCCUCAAGUGUCUUAAUCGUUGUCGUGUGAUUCACAGAGCUUCCUUAAACCUGCUGCAGGUUCAAUUUGAGUAGACUGUUGUGUUGUCUACAUGAAAUCCUUAAGUUUGCAUUGUUUUAAAUGUAUCUUUUUUUAAAGGGAAUGUUUUUAUCUCUAUACUGUGUUGGAAAAUAUAAUUGUUGACUGCAAUACUUGUUGUCUUUGCUGUUUUUUUACCAUGAUUUUUCCAAUCUGUAAGUUCUCCAGACUCUGUUAUAGCUGCGCAAUGUACUGCUGUAGUACUUGAAUAAAAUUUGCGCUUUUUAAGUUCUGUUAUCUUUGUGGGAACAUGUUCAUGUUGUGAUUUGAUGUUAAUGUUUUCCCUGACAUCUUCAAUA